AUGCCGUCCAAAGUUGUCAACCGUCCUACCGACAGCAAGCAGAAGGAGAAGGACAUCAACCAGAAGCUUCAGCUGUUUGGGAUCUACCAUGGUUUCAAGACAGGCAAGCUGCCAUCGAAUAAGCAAUGCGACAUCGCACUGAACAGCGCCCUCUCCUCGAAGGCCCUCUCCUCACCAUCUAAGGAAUUGUCUAGUGAAGGCCAGGUCCUCGUGAAGGAUGUUCGAGAUGUCAUCGAACAAGCCAAGAAGUUGAUCCUGAGCAAGAACGAUGGCCAGUUAAUCCAGGAAUUUAUCUGGGAGGCCCAGCAGAUCACUUCGGGAGACGCGCAGAAGCCAAACGCUCCCGUCGGCAAAGAUGUGGCCAAGCAAGACGGUAGUCAGGCUUUGGAGGGUCUCAAGACCCUGGGAACUCUCUUGAUUACGAAUGGAGAAUUUCGAAAGAUUCUGAGUGACGCUGCGAUCAUCGCUCGUGAUAUGGCCGGAGAUGCUUCGCAGACUGCUGCCAACAAGCUUCGCCCAUCCGAGGAACAGCUCUCUCAAGUCGACCAACCCGCAGAAGAGAACCUUUGGCACGAGAAGCCGAAUAUCUCAAAGGAUCAACUCAAGUCUCGUUUUAAGAGAAACAAGGAGGAAGCCGAUGAAGCUGCCGAGAGCACCGUGCAAGCAGCAACCGGUGGCAAGCAACCGGAAACCACCUCGGAUAUUGACGCUCGUGCUGGCGCUGCUCAAGGCGCUCAGAAGCUCAAGGAAAAGGUUCCAGAAGACACCAAGAACCGCACCCGAGAGCUGACCGACAAGACCAAGAGUUAUCUGUCGGAGAAAAUGCCCCAGGAGCGACGAGACCAAGCCAUCUGGCGUUUGAAGAAGAUGGUCAUUGAAAUCCAAGGCCACGCUGACUACCAGCAAGCUAUUGAAACACUCCUGAACCUUGCCGAAAAAUACGCCGGACACUCCAAGGAUCUCACUCAGCAGGGUACUGGAGCUGUCCAGGGCGUUAGAGCCAACUCCAGUGUUCAGACAGUCGAAACUAAUCUCCGAAUUUUGAUUGAGCGUUUUGCCAAUAGCACCUCUUUGGAUGACUUCUUCGGUUCGCUCGACAACAUUUACCGGGAUGCAGACAAGGAUCCUGAACUCCGAGGAUGGUUCAAGAACGUUAACACACUCAUCAGAAAAUCCUUGCGAGAGUCAGGUUACAUCAUGGAAGAGGACUGCAAUCGUGAAUGGAACCAAUUGUACGACCAUGGCCGCUACUUGCUCCGUGACCGUUACAAGAACCAUACCGACCGUAUCCUCGAUGAGAUCAAAUUCGUUGGUGAUCAAUUCAACAGGGACCCUCAGAACAAGGCAUUUGCAAACUCUAUGGAGAAGCUGUUCAAUGACCUGGGUCGCGAUUCAGACGGCAAUGUCAAGUUCAAGAAGCAUCUCCUCAAGGACAUUGGCAAUGUCAUUCUUCCUGGCAUCUUUGAGAACGUCCGCUAUGUUCCUGUUCCUCGCAUUGAGGUUUCGGACCCAAUGGCUGAUGUGGUGGUUGAAAAUCUCGUCAUUGAGAGUGAUAACUUGAUGCCUAAUGUCGUGGAACUUGGUAGCGACAACUACUUCCGUUGGGGACGUAAGAAGAUCAGCAGCAAGAGGGACAACAAGAUCAUGAUUUCAGCCUCUGGAAUUCAAGCAGACCUCAGGGAUGUCAGCUACUACAUCAAGAAGAAGGAGGGCUUCCCUGCUAUAACCGACAAGGGUGUAAUGGACAUCUUCCUUGGCGGCGAGGGCUUUGGCUUCAAGGUCGCAGCUUCCACCGCUCAAAAGGGGGACCGUCAGCAUUUUAUUAAGCUCGACAAGGUGACCGUGAAUAUCAAGAACAUGGAUAUUAAGCUCAAGAAAUCCAAACACAAGGUCCUUUUCUCGGUGUUCAAGCCGAUGCUCUUCCGUGUCGUCCGCCCUAUCCUGCAGAAUGUGAUUGAGAAACAAAUCCGCGAUGCAUUUGCCAGCGGUGAUGAAUUUGCUUAUGAAAUCCAAUCAGACGUCAAGCGGGCACAGGAAGCUGUUGAGAAGGAUCCUGAAAACACACCCAACAUUUACACUCGCUAUAUGGAUGCCAUCCGCGCCAAGAUGACAGAAAAGAAGCAAAAGGCCGAGGCGGCCCCCAAGCGUGACACUAAGGUCCAGACAGCUGCCACUCUACAUGACUCUCUUUUCCCUGACAUUAAGCUCCCUGGUGGUAUUUCCUCCAAGGCCACGGAGUAUGUGGAACUCGCGAACAAGGGAGACCGUUGGGAGUCGGCCAUUUUCAGUAUCGGCAGUGCGUCUGAGUCGACUGACAUCCCCAAACCCAGCUCUGUUACUCGCAAACCGCACCAGACUGCUGAUGGUCGGGUGACAGACGGUAGUGCUGCUGCUGCUGCUGCUGCUCCCGCCGGCGCAACCAAUGGCCACCCCAAGUCCGCUGACCAGAACGGGUACCCUUCUCGGGGAUUCUCAGAUGAGGUCAACCAGGCUUUUGGCAACGGACACGCCAACGGCGCUGCAAAUGGUUCAAAGGUGACCACCCACGGAUUGUCUGUACCAGGAGCUCAGACUGCGUUUAACCCCCAGGCAGCCUAA